ACUUUCAUCAAAGUUUUCAGAGAGAGAUUCAGAGACAAAGAUAUCCCCUGAAGACUUAUACGAAUGUUACGUAAACUUGACAAGAUCAGAACCUUUAUAAAAGCCAAGAGACUUCAGUGAAUGUUUAAGAUUUUGAUGAGAGGACUCCAGACGACGUGUACUUGACUUACAACGUUCGCUUGAGCUAACCGCAGCUCUUCGAACCAGGAGCAUAACUUUUGAGAAAAAUGGCCCACAACAAGAUAACUUUUCUUAUUGUCUGCGCCAUGUUGGUCGGCUUCUUCUUCGUGGGACAUCUGAAGGAGGCAGCAAAAGUGUACCACAUCACAAAGGCUAUGUUAGCCGGUCAUGAGGAGGAUGUUGACGCCACUUUUCACGUAGUUCACGAGAAAUCUAGAAACCAUUCACCCGCAGGGAUACGACAAAGUGCAACAGACGGAGCAGACACUUCACCUGGAAGUUCCUGGUUCGAAACCCAAUCCUUGCGGAAACAACUUCUGAAGAAAGAGUGCGACUUGAACCCGUCACUAAAAUCGAACCUUACCAAUGUUAUACACAACCAGAAAGGGUUACUCCGUUACUACGUUGUUGAUGAUACGUACAAGAUAAUGUACGGCAGCAUCUGUAAGGUGGGUUCUACUCAUUGGAAAAGUGUUUUCCUCGUCCUGAACGGAAAAUUCAAAAGUGUGGAUGAAGUACCACUUCAAAUUAUCCAUACUGAUCCCAGUGUGAAGACGCUCGACCAAUACAGUCCCGCGGAAAUAGAGCAUCGUCUGCGCAAUUAUACCACAUUUAUCUUCGUUCGGGAUCCCCUUUCUCGGGUUUUAUCGGCAUACAGAAACAAACUUGAGGAGAAAAAUACUUAUUACCAACCUCGUGUCGGGAGCAGUAUCCUCAAGAUGUAUCGGAAAAACCCGACCUCGUUGGAACUUACAUCUGGAGUAGGCGUCACGUUUGCAGAAUUCCUACGGUUUAUUACAGAAAGAAAGGAAGGGGGCAACGUGGAUCAUCAUUGGAGGCCUAGCUAUCAAAUGAUUUUUCCAUGUAACAUUCGGUAUGAUUAUAUCGGUAAACUGGAGAGGGGAAAGGAAGACUCGGAAAACAUCUUAAGACUCUUGAAGAUUGACCACCUCGUACGCUUAAGAGAUUCAACGAAGAACAAGAGUCACACUGAGAAAACAUUGUUUAAUAAGUAUUACAAAAAUAUUAAACAGGAUUAUAUUACAAAAUUGUACGAGAUGUAUGCUCCGGAUUUCAAACUAUUUGGAUAUUCCAUGGAUACAAAUUUAACACAACGAAAGAUUCUUGCAAAUUGAUGACCAUCUAAACUUAAAAUACUCCACAUCUUAGCGUUUGAAGGUAAGAUUGAGUAUUAUCCAUUUGUACAUAUUGAGAUCUAUUAUCUAAGUGACUUUUGAACCAUUCAAGUGUGACUCCGCGAAUACCAUAAUAAUACAACUUCCUUAAUAAAAUGUCAUGAUUUAUAGAGUGUCGAAUGCCUUGCUGAGGUUUAGAAAUAAUCCGAUCGAUUCAUCAUUAUUUUCAAACUUUUAAAAUUAUUAUAUAAAAUGCAUUUUAUUGCUGAAGAUGUGGAGUGCCCAGGUCUAACUCCCUACCGACAGUAAAAGAUAUUACAUUUAUUUAGAAAGUUAAAUAAACGGUUGUAAACCACUCUUUCAAGAUU